AAACAGGAUCAGUCUUGUACUUGUUCUCUGUCAGUUGUUUUUCUUUCAUACUCUGCACUUUGCUGACAAAUUUCCUAAAUAAAUACCCGUCAAAAUUGAUUAGGUUUUACUUUGUACUUUGUUGCAAGUCUGUCAAGAAAAGUAGUAAGUACUUAUCAGUUUUGAGUGAGUAUUUUGAGUGAGCGUUUGACUAAGGUCCCGUAUGUUGGAUGAUCAAAAUGCCAGGCCUUUACAAGAACAAACGCAAGCGGGUGAGUCUAAACUCUUCUCAUAUAAAUGAUGCUAGCGUUUGGCAUUCUACCCCUCUGGAACUGGAUUCCACUGAUCCCGACAGUGACGACAACAAUGUGAGGGAGUCGCAAUUAAGUCCUGUAAAACGGCCGGCGUUAGGAGAUGGUGUUCGUGGUCGACUUCUUGAAACGCCUUGCGUAGACCAAUCGCAGUCGCCUGGUCCUACGUCCCAUGAAAUUAUCGAGGUUCCAUCGGCUGCGGUCAACAUUGUCUUUAGAGAGGAUGAAAAUGAUAAUUGCAAUCUAUUUGAAGACAUGGAGGGAGACCCGGAAGAGCAUCAAAACAGUAGUCCUGUUGUUGUGAGUAGGGAUGUUGUACCUUCGCCGCAACCUCCUCUUUCACCUCCAGUGUCACAGUCACUCCGUACUGCUGUAGGACUGGACCCACCUGUCCGUAGUCAAAGUGUCCAUCUGUCGCAGCGAUUUGGUCCUGUAGAAAUCCAUCCUCCUUCUGGUCAUGCCUUCUUUUCUGGUACACUAAAUCAUUGUGGAUUCGUGUUGACGUUGCCGAAAAACCAUUUGUGUCAUGAUGUUGUAAUGUUUCGAGAAAAAAUGAAUAAUUGGAUGACGUGCAAUACAGAUGCGAAUUCCAGAAUCGACGAUGGUGCUACAAAGUUCCUCAAGUCAAUGAAAAAGUAUUUUGCUACUACAACCAACUUGACUCACGCUUGUACAACCACUUUGAAUGACAGAGAAUGUAUCCAGCCCAGUUUGUUGGCAUGUUUGCUUGGAGUUCCGCUUCUGCAAAAAGCUCUACUUGAAGUUGUUCUUCCAGCUCUUUCUGAAGCUACAUAUUCAAACUCUCAAGAAGAGAUUGAUUUUGUAGGAACUAUCGUAAACCAAAUGAAAUGGUUGCCAGUUCUUGUUGAUGGCAAGUCAUUUGCAGUGGACUUGCUUAACAUUCUUGAUUCAGCUUCUAUACCAGCUAAAAUGCAUAUAAUCCGAAUCAUGCCAGAAAUUUUCUUGCCAGAACAUCACCCAUUUCUUGUGCCAAAGUUGAUGGAGAUAUUUCAACUUGGAACUCGCAUAAAUACUACGAUUUUGGACUGUUUCGCAUCUCUCGUGGUUCCUGAAGAAGACUGCAUGAAGACUCUACGAUCAGCAGUUACUCAGAUGGCAUCUGCUCCAUUAGAAGAUCUUCCGGCCUACUUGUCUUUCCUAUUUCGUGUUGGAAGCCCGUCGUUGCAUCUUGAAGAGGGGAUUAGAGAAAUGCGAGAUAAACUGGAAGUCAAACCAAAGUACGGUAUUCCGAAGGAGGAGGUUCUGAUGGUCGAAAUACUUGAACGAAUCCGAUUUUUUGUAUCUGUUAAUCCGUUAAUAGUCAAAAUUUGGUUGAUCCAAAUCAAAGACGACCUCUCAAUGGAGAUGGACCUUCCAGCACUUGACAUGUUAAUGUUGCUCAUAUUUGCAGAAACAUCAAACAAAGCGGCCUUGAGUACCCUCUCCACAGUUUUCAGUAGAGUAAAUCUUACCAUUGCACUGUUUGACAAAAUGAUGGAAAACAACACAUCAAUUCUCCAUGAGUUGUUUCCAACGGUUGCUAGAUUUUUGGAUAGCGUUUUACGUGUAAAAGGGUCUAAAUGUCACGAUGCAGCUAUUGAAGUAACAAAAAAUUUAUUCCUUGGAUUGGGACCAAUACUUUCUCAACAUUUGACGUCAAAUUUGAUUAGCGUUCUCAUCAACGGCCACCCGUCAUGUCGAGAUGUUGCACUGAAAAUUUUUACCAAUAUUGCGGAAGCCGAUCCUAAAAAGCUACUUUAUUUUCAUUCUUAUUUAAUGGGUGCGUUGGUCUACGUGAUUAAAUAUCCUCCAAGGCAGAUGCAAGCACUUAUGAAUAUUUUAGCCAUUUUAGCCUUUAUGCCAGAAAGCUUCCAAGGACAAGAAAAUGCAUUCACUUCUGAAUUCAUGAUACUUUUACGAAAGCAAAUUACACAUGCAACCAUAAGGACAAAAUGUUUCGGCGUUUUGGGAACUAUUGCAGCUGUACGACAAUUGGCUUUGAAUUCUAACGAACCUAAUGAAAGUAAGAUAGAUGGAUUACUUGCCCUAGCGUGGUCAUCCAUAGAAAAUGAUGAAGAGGCAUGCACCAUUUUUUUUGAUGAGAUGAUAUCUUGCAUCAAGGUGCUCCCCAAAAAUGUAUGCCUGGAAUUUCGAGACAUUCUUAAAAUACAGUUUGAGCGAUUGUGGACUGUUGACCAAAGUUCGAACGCUCAUUUGCUUCAAGAUUAUAUAGGACAAGCCGGCUUGGACCUUGUUCCUACGUUUGAUGCCAACAAAGAAAUGCAGCAAGAUCAUCAGACGAUACUUGUUUUGGAACCACGGGCACUGGAAAUGAGCCCACUUGUAGUCCCAUGCCUUAUGAGGGUCAUGGCUGAGCUGGAAAAAGCUUGUGUACAUAAUUUAGACGAUAUAGAUGCCUUGAUUGGAUGUCCCGUGUUGUUCCCCUCAUAUUCUGUUUACUAUGAGAAAGACUCAUUGGAGCGUUUAAACUACAACCAAAGACUUCAUUUGGGACAGUACUUGAUUGUCACCUUAAAUUACUUUAGAGAGUGCGUUUCUGCAUUUGUGGAAAGUGACAACCCAGAGAUGAAGGUUAAAGUUUGGAUACGGUUGAACAAUAUAACCGCCCUGCAGAAGAGCCUCGUUAAACACUACGACCACUUCCCCAAUUUGCCUUCUGCUUAUGGAACCGAAAAGAAUAUGACAGACAGUCCUGGAACGAGUAACGAAAAUGGUCCUGGAUUUUCAGGGGCACUUAUUCCACACGCUGGCAAGAAGCCUGCAUCGUCAAACAAAAAAUCUACAAAAAAACCUAAAAAAGUGGCAAAACCAAAGAAGAAGAAGACGAAGAAGAAAAACACAGAGGAGGAUGAAGAUGACGACGAAGAUAUUGACCCCGAGUUGAUUCCAGAUGACGAAGAGACUACUAAUACAGCCAACAAAACUGCAUUGGAAGAAUUGAUCCAACCCAAAUUUAUUUAUCCCAACUUACGAUUAUUGGACCCAAUAGUGUUCAAUAUUCUAAUCAAAUGCCCUUUGAAAGUUGACGGAGAAACACCGGAUUACACUGACAUUUUAUUAAACCUGUCUACCGCGACACAGUCAAGUGUCACUAUGCAGAAGAUUCAACGGUUCAAUCCAGAAACACUUGCCUUGUUACUAUCGGAAAUGAAAAGACAAUCAUUGGAUAAAAAAUGCGAGUUCAAAAUCCUUUUUGUUGAAAAUCUAAUUGACUCAUUAUGCCAGCACGUUGAUGCAAUCUCGGACUUUUAUGCUUCUCAGCGAAACCGGAAUGAUGAAAGUGAUUCGGACGAUACUUCGGCGCCGGGCCUCCACAACCCAGCAGUUGACUCUUGUCUUCGCCUCCUUUUCAUCAUGUUGAAUUCUUACUUCCAAAAUGUGUCGAAAAAAGAUAAAGUUAAACAACGCGAAUCGAUGAAAAAAUGUAUACUGACAUUGAGCUCAAGAUUCAAGGAUGACAAUCAAGAAAAUGAGAAGAUGGACGCAGGGAAGGAGGACUCUGAACAUGAAUUACUGACCAAAGCAUCGCGUUACCUUUUUAGUUUUAAUAUAUUCGUUGGAGCUCAUGAUUUCGAGACUGCUUUGGAGCACAUCAAGCUUAUGAAAACCAUUCAUGACUUGAUUCCCCAUUCAGACGAAAUGAAGCAAUCAAUGGGAAAAACUAUAAAAUCAUACUUGCGACGAGACUGGAAACUGCCAUCGUCAGCUAUAAUGUUCUUUUUGAAGACGUGGUUUUCUGUUACAUUGUUUCCAAUGAAAGUAAUUCGACAGCUUGUUGAAAAAUUGUUUGAAACCAAUGAUGAAGAUGAUUGUGCAAUACCCAACAACAGCGUGUAUAAAUCAUGUACCAAAAUUAAUUUUCACACCUGGUACUCGACCAUAUUUUCAAGCCUCGCACAGCAUAUGCACAAAUUGGGACGACGAAAACAACCAAAUAAUUUUGAUGAGAACAUUGAAAAAUGGACUUGUGCCAACAACCUGUUGAAAGAUUUGGUGCACGUGUCGUCACUACUUAAAAAGACUACUAUUUUAAUUCCACUUCUCAAGUUCUCCCGACUGUACAUCGAAGCUUUUAUCAGUUGUGGGGUCCCGUUAAUGCCCGAAUUAUUGAAGCGUCAAUUUGAAGACGGACAUGCAUUUAUUAGGGAACUACAAAAUUCGACGCGCAAAAUUCAGGCUAUCUGUGAACAUUCUAAGGUUCUGAAAGAUAAUCUGUUGCUCCGACACGUUCCUCCUACGAAGAGAACACUGGAAACAUUAAUUUUCAAAGUCAGAGAAGCAAUCGGAUCCCGUGGAGUAGCAAAUGCCUUUUGGCUUGGUUCAUUGAAACAGCGCAAUUUGGAUGGAAAAGUCAUUGAUUCUCAGCCCUUUUUUCACUCACAAGAUGACGAUUCUCUUGCUGAUUCUGUCCCAUAUGAUGCCGGAGAAGACUGCGAAUCAGUCCGAAGUCUAGGAGAAAUUUCAGACAACGAAGAGGAAAAUGAUGAGGAAAAUGAAGAAGAAAUGGACAAUAGUUAUGACAGUGAUGAGGAGGAUGAGAACGGUUACUAUUAAUUAACAUAUUUAAUAUAUAAACCUGAUUAUUUUUCCCUUAUUUAUUAGAAACGCUUGUUAUUUUAUCUCUUGUCUUAUUGCUUUAAAUACUGCUGUCAUUUCUGACAGGCAAUUUUUACUGGUGAAUUUCAUAAUCUUAAAGAGGUGACAGUAAUGAACGGCCCGCUUAAUUGUUCCCUUGAAUUAUUUACUACAAUUUUUGAACGAAUAGAGAUAACUGAAUUCAAUUUUAUGUUCCAUAUUCCUUAUUAAUUCUCCAUAAAGAAGCGUAGUGAAUUUCGAAAUUUUAACAUGUUUUUGAAAGUAUAAUAUUAUAAUAAAUAAACAACUUUGCUAUCCCGAA